AAUCCUUGGUGGUAUAUAUUGUGGAGACAUAGCGCUAUCAAAAAGGAUACACGUGAGUCUCGAGUAGUCGAGCAGUCAGUCUGAACCCGGCCGCCGAGCGCACAGUAUGUUUGGAAGAAAAUGUUAUUAUGUGUGUUGUAGCAGUGCUCCUCGUAUCGCGGCUGUCGUGGUUGUCGUGGCGGCAACGGCCCGGCAGUGAGUGACAGUGAGUGUGGAUAUGUCCCAGUCAUGGUGAAGGCGCUGUUCGUGGGGUUACUGGUAAUUGUGAUGUGUGGUCUUCCUAGCUGCGCUCCUUCGCCCCAGAUAGCCCGAAUUAAUCGUCCCGAAGCAUCGCCGCCGCCGCAAUUCAUCGAAGAUUCGGCGGCAAGAAGUGAGCGCAGUACCAAUCUGUCCCACAUCACCGGCACAGCCCGCAAGAUUCAGAUGUUCAUUAAGAACAGACACCUGCAGCUACUACCCGAUGGUACCGUCAACGGCACCCUGGACGACUCCAGCAUCUACACGAUCCUCCAGAGGACGACAGUGGGAGUUGGUCAACUGAAGAUACAAGCAGUCGGAACCUGCCAAUAUUUAUGUAUGGAUGCCUGCGGACUGCCGUAUGGAUCGAGAGAGUUUAGCGAUGAAUGCGUAUUCAAUGAGAUGAUAGAGCAGCACCAUUACAACACGUACUCAUCAACAAAAUACUCAAAUGAGAGGAAAACCUUUUAUUUGGCACUGAACAAAAGGGGUCUUCCUCGCAAAGUGCUAUUGCGGGCGCGCCAACCCUUAGGUAGGCUUUCCUCAUUCACCCGCGUUCUGACGCGCCACGUGGCACCAGAAAGGGUUGAGGAACUUCACCCAAUCCGCCAUCACGGUCACCUAUGUUCCACGUCGGAGUCGACGUCCUCAAGGCUGUCCUCAUCCGUGGCCGACUCCGAGUCGCCGUCGAAGUGUCGAAAACGAAAGAAGCGGAAGAAGAAGAAGCGAAAAUGUCUCGAAGGCGAACCCGAGAGCGAACUGUGCCACAAAAAACAGAAUAAAUUAAUUAGUAUUAACGGUAGCAAUAGUAAUGUUAAGAAGUGUGUAUCUGAUGACAGUGUAGAGUGCCAAAGAGUAGAAGUGACUAUUAAAAAGAAACUAAAGACUAAAUUUAGUGAUAAACAAUUAGGUGGUGCAAAAAAGAAGAAGAACCCCAAAGGUAUUAAAAACAACAGGAAGAAUCGACUGCUGAAGACUACCACCGAGGCGCCGGUCGUCGUCACCGAAGACAACACAUCCGACGAAGACUACAUCAUCGACUCGACCACUUCAUGGGAUUGGGAAGAUUCCACUGUUAUACCACUGCCAGAGGAAUCUGGUACUCCUCACCCCGACUGACUCGUACCAUCAUUAUUUAUUCUAAUUGUAUUUAUUACAUUUGUAACAGUAACAGUAAACAAAA